AUGGAUGAUGCUAUGCGUCGCAGCAUCUUCGGUUCGUCUGACGAAUCAGAUGAACCAUCGCCAAAGCGAAGGCGCUCGAGAUCGCAAGACUCGGGCGCUCACAGUGGUGUCGGUUCUCCUAUGGACAUCACUUCGCAACGAGGUGCCAGUACUUCUGUCGGCACGUCGCAGGAAGAGCGGGACCGCAAUGUCUUGCGUCUCGCUCCUGAUAAGAAGGCAUGGAUGCCUCCCAAAGUCGGUCAUGGAUCACUUGUCGGCGACGACGAGUGA